GUAGAUUAUUUAGUGUAGCUACGAGUUAGUAUAAGCUGGUGCUAGCAGAAGUAAAGAAUGGAUCAAAUAAAAAAUUUAGCUGAUCUUAAUAUUGAAGAAGGUAGAAAAUUUAUAAAUUCUUUCGAUUAUGUGUUCUCUGAUAUGGAUGGUGUCUUGUGGCUUUCCAAUAAUUUGCUUCCAGGAUCUAAAGAGUGCAUUGAACGAUUUCGAGAUUUAGGGAAACAUUUGGCUUUUGUAACAAAUAAUACAAUUACUAGUUUUGAAACGAUUAAAGAAAAAUUACAAGAUUUUAAUGUGCCAGACCAAGAAAUUGUUACACCGAUUAUAGUAGGAAUUUCAUAUUUGAAGAAAAUCAAUUGUCCUUCAGAUUUAUAUUGUAUUGGUGGACACGUUCUUAAAAAAGCUCUAAAGGAUGCCGGGUAUAAUGUUGUUGAUAUAAACUUUGGAGAUUUGGAAGAAUCCAUGACAUCCUUAAAGGACGUAUGUUUUCAAUUCCUCGACCAGGCGAAAGACGUUGGAGCCGUAGUUCUAGACUUGGACGUUAAUUUUAAAUUAAUUCAGGCCGAGGGAGCUAUAUUGCUUUUAACUAGAAAGCCAGAAAUGGAGUUCCUGUGUGUGGCGACGGACGAUAGCGGACCGCUAACGGCAAACAUAGACUUUAUCGGUAACAAAUUUUACGUAGAGGCGAUUGAAAGGAUAUCGAAGAAGAAAUGUAUCAUUUUGGGCAAGCCUAGUAUUAAAUUGAAAGAGUAUUUGGUCGACAGGUACCACAUAGAAGACUCGAAGCGAGUUCUAUUUAUUGGGGACGCCCUUGGUACUGAUAUAGCUUUUGCUCAUGCAGCGAAUUUUCAAAGCCUGGCUGUUCUUAGUGGUCAAACAAAAUUAGAAGAUUUGCUUAAUUGGACACACAGUGAUGAAGAGAAACCAAAUUACUAUGUACAGAGCUUAGGCCAUCUUAAACAAUUAAUGAUCGAGUGGGGUUUAUAAAGAUAUUUCUACUCUAGAUAUUAUCUACCAAAUGAUGUUUUGAAUUGGUAUUAAAACUAUUAAUGUGCGUUUUUUCAAUAGACGUACAUUUCAAUUU